AGGAAAACGUCUGACAGUGUGACUUCUGGGCUCCUGGCCCUCCUGGCAGUUAGCACAGCUGCUUGGAACGCUGCCUAUGGUUUUGGGCGUGUGAACGAAUGUUGUGGCGUUGCAAUGCGUUUUAAAUUUGUUUUUUUAACAUUUUUAGUUUUGUAUUUGUUUUCAGGUUUGAUAAGGAAUUGUGAAGGGCAGCAUAAUGUAGAAGACAGCAACAGAAUUGUGUGGUGCACUAUCAACCCUGAGGAGCAGCGGAAGUGUCUGAACUUUGCACAGGCUGUUGAAAGGGACUGGAAUCUGUUUGGAUCUGCAGCAAUGAGGCUAGAAUGUAAACAGGGCUUCAACAAGGAAGAUUGUAUGACAUAUCUUGAUGAAGAAAAGGCACAUGUAACUAGUCUGGAUGCUGGAGAAGUAUUUGUUGCUGGGCGAUACCACAGCCUCAUUCCCAUAAUGCAUGAAGUGUACAGUGGUAACCAGAAAACAUAUUAUGCUGUUGCUGUUAUCAAGAAGGGCACUUUGGCUGAUGUACGAACACUACAAGAUUUGCGUGGGAAAAAGGCUUGCUUUGCUGGAGUUGGCACUCUAGCAGGAUGGGUUAUCCCAAUCUAUAUGCUUAUGCAGAGAGGUGGCAUGGAUGUGAUUGACUGCAACAAUCAUGUCAAGUCUGCAAUAAAAUAUUUUGGACCAAGUUGUGCAGUAAAUUCUCUUAUAGAUAAAUACAACCCAAUUGGUGAUAAUUCAGACAAGCUAUGCAAGUUGUGUAUAGGGAAGAUUCCUGGAGAUUGGUGUUCCAGUGCAGAUCCAUAUUUUGGGUUUGAAGGAGCAUUUCGAUGCUUGGUGGAAGCAGGAGAAAUUGCAUUUUUAAAACACACUACUGUUGAGGAAAUGACUUCAAACCAAUUUGAUUUCAGUGGUGUGUCAAAGUCAGACUUUGAACUACUUUGUCAGGAUGGCUCACGGAGACCUGUAGAUGAAUAUCAGUCCUGCUACUGGGAUGUGGUCCCAACUCAUGCUGUUGUCACAACUUCAGCCAAAUCUCCUGAGUUGCGGAGAAACUACCAACGCUUUCUCAAGAAAGCAGUUGAUAUGUAUGCCACACCCACAGUAAACCAGACACGUACACAGAACUUCCCAAAUGACUCAUUUAAUAUUCAACCAUUGGUGCCAUAUGAGUCAUAUAAUUUAUUUGAAUCUGCACCAAGAUAUGGCCUCCACCACAAUUUACUGUUGCAGGAUGUUGCGGUUGCAUUGUCUCCACUGAGUGAGUCACAGCAGACUUAUACUGGCUAUUUAGGAAAUUCACUUAAUACUAUCCUUGGUGUACGUCAUUGCCCAGUCAACAAAAUGACGCUUUGUGUCACAUCAGACCCAGAACUGGAAAAAUGUAUCAAGAUGAGAACAGCUUUGAAGGCGCAACUGCUGAAACCAGAAAUGGUCUGUCACAAAGGCCACAGCCAAAUCAACUGCAUGCAGGCUAUAAGCAAUGGGAUUGCAGAUGUGGCAGUGUUUGAUGCAGGUGAUGUGUAUACUGCAGGACUGAAGUAUGACUUGAUUCCAUUCAUCUCAGAAGUUUACAAUCUGGGAGAGCCUGAAUAUUAUGCAGUUGCUGUGGCCAAAGAAGAAGAUCCCGACACUGAGCUGACCUACUUAAAGGGUAAAUACACGUGCCACACUGGUAUUAACACAGGUGCUGGUUGGAUUGUUCCACUUGCCUUCCUUAUUUCAAAUGGCUGGAUCCGCAGCUAUGGAUGCAAUUCUAUACGUGCAGCUGCUGAGUACUUCACAAAGUCAUGUGUGCCUGGAGCCCUGAGCUCAGAGUAUAACACUGGUGUGCCUUAUGAUAACAUGUGUGAUCUGUGCCAUGGAACAAGCUAUCGAUAUUGCAGAAGAGAUGCAUCGGAAGACUACUUUGGGUACACAGGUGCAUUUCGCUGCUUGGUGGAGGGUGGUGGCCAAGUUGCUUUCCUGAAGCACACAACAGUUAUGGAAAACACAGAUGGGAAGAGGAAGGAGUGGUGGGCUCGGAAUGCUCUCACAGAAGAUUAUGAACUUCUUUGUCCUGAUGGUACCCGUGCUCUUAUGCAAGAAUAUGAGAAGUGCAACCUUGGAAAAGUCAAAGCAAAUGCAGUUGUGGCCCGAGGUGGUAAUGGCUACAAUGAGACUGAAUUGAAUGCAUUUAUAAAUCUCUUUAUUUAUGCACAACAGUUUUAUGGACGCAGAGACCAGGAUGACUUCAGUUUUGGCAUGUUCUACUCACCACCUCCCUUUAGUGAUCUGAUAUUUCAAGAUGCGGCCCAACAGUUGCAAGUGAUUGAUUCAUCAUAUCGCAGCUAUGGAAGAUACUUGGGAAAAGACUUCCUUCGAGCUCGCAGAGUGGUAGAUUGUCAUGCAGGAGCAACUAUUGUUAAACUGUCUGUUGUAUGGAUCUGCAUUAGUACAGGUCUGUCUAUUCUGAUGAUCUAGGACAAGUUUGCCUUGGUGUUUCAUGUUUAGUGAGGCAUUUGUUGAUUAUGAGUAUGUCAGUAAAACACUGGUAAGCAUGGAGAUGUGGAUAUCAUUGUUCAAGAAUGUUGAUUAUUUUGUGAUGUUUUAGAAGUGUUUAUAUGGUAUGUGUCCAUUUUACAAGAUGAUCUUGUUUUACUGGAGAGGAGAUUCCUAUAUGUUAACAUUUACAAAUUAAUGCAUAUGUAACUCUCCUGCAAAAUUAAUAGAGACAAGUGCAUGUCUUUUAAAAGAAUAUAAAUUACUUGAAUUGGUCCCUGUAAGCAAUGCCUUGUACUCACACAUGGGAAGGUGAAUGAUAUUAGAGUGUAUGACUUAAUGAAGAGUAAGUUGGAAAUUGUUGUAAUUCAGCAUUUGUCUGCUACUGAACCUUCCAACUGCAAAAUAAAUUUGGUGUGCUUAUGCGUGUAA